AUGUUAAAAUUAGAUCAAUAAGAAUUAAUAAUACAGAGAAUAAAAUCAAAAAAGCCAAUAUUCAAGACAGUAGGUGAAAUAGAGUAUUAAAUGUAUUAAUAUCUUUAGACAAUUUCCUAAGUUAAUUAAAAGUAGAGAAGCAAUUCAAAAAUCGAUUUUAUCAUAAAUUCAAAGAUCAGUUUCAAAUAUUGAUAUGGAUCCUUUGACAUAUGGAUAAAAAGAAUUAAAAGAUGUUAUGAUUUAAUUGGAAGAAUAAUUAAAAACUGUUUUCUUGCCCUCAUUAAAUUUAGAUGAGAAAAAAAAAUCAAAAUUUUUAAUGAAAUAGGAAUCUAAGUAAUUAGAUUAUGAAGAAAGCAAUCAUCAAAAGAAAUAAAGAGUAGAUAAAAACAAAUGUAGAAAAUGCAAAUAAUCAACUAUUCCUAUGAUAUUAAAUUUAUUACAACAAACAGAAAACUAAGACACAAAUCCUCAUGUUACAAUGAAAUCUAUUAGAUAACAAAUAGUAUAAAAAUCAUAGAAAAAAGAAGAAUAAUCAGAAUCUAAAGUUCCCUAUAUAGCUUUUGAUUAUUCUGAUCGAAUUAUUAUAUGUAAAAGAUGCAGAUUUAAAUUUCAUGCUGAAUGUGUUUCAGUACUUGAUAAUAUAAAUGAUUGGAUUUGUGACUAUUGUUUAGAUAGAAUUUAGGAAUUAAAAAGAUCAAAUUAAUGGGAUUACAUAAACAAUAAACAAUUGAAAUAAUAGAUAUGUCCAACAUCUGAAUAAAAAAAGAUUAAUUUAUCAUUAAUAGAAAAAAUUUAGAAAAAAUAAAAAAUCUUUAUUAUUGAAGAAAUGGAAAUAACUCCAUUUAAACCUAUUGAUUAAAUAUCAGAUUUUCUAAGGAAGUAUCCACUUUAUAGAGGUUAGAAUGGAAAAAUAAAAUAUCCUGUUUUAGAAAAACUAGCAUUAGAUUAUCCAGAAGUCUUAGAAAUUAAAUAAAAACCAUAGCCAUAUAUGAUAAAUUCAAAUUAGGUUGAGGAUAUUCUUAAAAUUUAAACAAGUUAUUAGAUUCUAUUUCCUAAUUGCUAAACACCAUAAAAUGUUAAUUAAGAUUAUAUUGAAAAAAAUUUCUAUGAAAUUCUUAUGAAUUUGCUUACUGAAUAUUUUAAUGAAUUUAUGUUAUCAGAUAUAGUCAAAUUUGAAAAAUAUUGCGAUUAAGCUAAUAUUUAAGCAAAUGCUUUUUUAGAAUUAAUGAAUUAUUUAUAUAGCCAUUAAGAAAAUUAAAUGAAAGAUUUAAUAAAGAAAACAUGGAUAGAAUGUGUUAUAUAAAUUGAUUAGAUAAUUAAUUUUGAUGAUGAAUCAAAUAUUAAUAAAAUUGAUUUUAAUAAUUUAGAAUUUUUAGAUUAAAUAAACAUAUUAAGUAUUUUAACUGAGGGUUUGUAUGAUUUGGAUAAAAUGAAAGAAUAAAUUAAAUAGAAAGAUUCUUCAACAAAUUACAGAUAAUGUAAAAUUUCAAUUUAUAUUAGCUCAUUUAAAAAUAUUAUUUUAGCAGAAUUAAUCUGCAUACAUAAAUUGUGGAACAUAUCUUGGAUAAGAUGCUGAUGAAUAAUAAUAUUUUUAUUUUACUUAUGUUCCUAGUUCUAUAUUUGUUGAAACUAUGACAGGUUGGGGUUAAUAUACUUUAUCUGAUUUAUCUGAAUUAAUUAGUUCUUUGAAUAUGUAAGGAGUUAAUGAAUCAAACUUAAUUGAAAAUCUAGAAUUAAUAAGUUAAGUUAAACUUUUUGAUAAUACAACUCCAAUAAAACCCUAGAGUAGAUUAAUUUAAAGUAUUUGUAAACCAAUAAAUAGAAUAGUAAUAUAAUCUAGAAAUUAUAGAAGUUAUUGAAUAGUUUUUACAAACUGAAGAGACAUAUACCAAAUAUUUACAAACUAAAAAUUUAAUUUGGAUAGAAAAUAAUUAAAAGUAAAAUUUUUAUCAUUUAUUGAAAAAUGAGAAAUAGCUUUAAUCUUUAGUAGAAGCAUUAAAACUAUUUUUAAAUGGUUUAUUAUUGCUAAAAUCUAAUGAUGGAUAAUAUGUAAAACCAUUUAAAAUUUUUAAAUAAAAUUUUGAACUUGUAAACUUAUUAGCUAUUUAUGUGGAUAAUGCAUCAUCUUAAUAUAGUAUUUAUAUAUCUUUAAUCACUUUGAAUUUAUUAUUAGAAGAUUAUCAACAAUAUCAAUAAUAAAAAGAAUUAAAAAAUAAAAGAAAUCAAGCAUAACGUAAAAUUGCUUAAAAAGUUACUUAAAAAGAAAGUAAAUAAAUUAAAAAAAAGUCAAAAUUAAAACCAAUUGAAGAUGAAUCAAUUGAAUAAGAAUAAAGUCCUUAAUAUCUUAGUAGCUUAGCUAACAAAAGAGAAAAAAGAGAAAAUGCUGGGAAGAAGUACUUUUAUGAUUUUAUAUUUUUAGUCCAAACAUCAAUUUUGAUUAAUAAAUGAAAAAUCAAAAGAAGAUAUUUUGUGCGUCUUGUAAGAAGUAGUUUUUAUAGGCUUCUUAAAGCGUUCAAUGUUCCAGAUGUAACAAACCAUUUCAUUAAGAAUGCUUAUAAAUAAGAAAAGACUAUUGUAAGAAUUGUAUGAGAAAUAACAGUAAGAAAUAAAAAUGAG